AUGUUUGAACCUGCUGAAUUUGAGAUGAAUGAGGAGGUACGGAAUUUUAGACACCAAAUGUUAACCUUAAGUUUUUCAGAACAUAACAAAAACGUUUCAACUUCACGACAUUCUGAAUAUUCAGACAAGCCCAAAUUCAUACCCCAAAGCUUUUGAGGAUGUUAAUUGGUAAAUUUAUUUAAUUUUUUUUUCAAACUUUCCACAAACAUCUAUCUUUAAAGGCACAUGGGAAUCGACAAUACCAACCCAACGCUCUCGAUUUAUAUCGAAUGUGAGAACUACAACAAUUCAAAGUCAUAUGAAGUCGAUGGUGUAAUCUAUUUCAUUUCGGAAGGAAUACAUUUUUGUAAAAUCUUUGAGAAGGAAUUCAAAACCGAUGAGAAUCGAAUCAUUGUUCCAAUGAUAGAUGAACUUCGAGGAGAUCAGGAUUUAACUGUGACAGUUUCGAUGAACAUCAAUGUCAAGACUGUGAAACCAAUUCUUCCCGCUCAAAAACAUCUAGUCUGUCUCAUAUUCCCGCACAAUCAUUCAAUCUACGUGAAAAAAUCAUUGUUGCGCUUGAACUCGCGCUACUUCGAAAAUCUCAAUCUCAAGUUCAGUGUUACGCUUGAUGAAAAAUAUGAGGAGUUUCUCGAUGUUUUGGAGAACAUCUAUCCGAAGAAUUGGAAAACAUCGGGGCUGAUUAGCCAGAAAAAUAUUGGUUAUUUGAUAAGAUUGGCGCAGAAAUAUGAAAUGACAAUUCUUCUGGAGAAAUGCGAGGAUGCGUUGAAAACAACUAUUCGAAAAGAGGAUGCGGUGGUCCUCGCAGAUCAAUACAAACUAACAGGUGUUAUGAAUUCCCUAAUGAGUCGAUUCAGAACCGAAGAGGAUCUUGUGAAGUUCCAAAAUUUGGAGAUCUACAAAAAAUUGGGAGUUGAAACCAAAGCAGGGUUCGCAAGGAAAAUCGAGUUGUUGAUGAGAUCUGGAAGUGAUCCAUUCACAUUGAGAUUCGAAGAAGCUAUGGCAAGAUGGGAGGAACCAAGUCAAGAUUUUUCUGGAUUGCGGGUGGAUCAUCAGCAAAGAUUGCAAGCUCCACCACUAAUUCCAUCUCAAAAUCGUCGUUCACAAUCGGAAAUUCGACGAAUUCAAGCGAUGGAAUUUCAACAAGAUGAGUAUAUUCGUAUGCUUCAUCAGCAAACCCAAAUUCGACUCGGCAAUUUUCACCCUGGAGCUCCUGGACACGUUCCAGUUCCACCAACACCUUGGCAUUUUGUUCAGAAGUUUGGAAAUCAACUUCAAAACCCUCCGAUGUACAUUUAUCGAAAUUUUCUGAACUCACAAAGAGAUCCUAAUCCUUAUGCGCAAUAAAAAAUUAAGAUUGCUUAUAUCAAGUUAAUUUUCUCUCCCGCUUUUCAUAUUUUUUAAAAUUAUUGCUCAUGCUAAACUUUUUUCAUUUUUUACACAAUUCAAAUAAAACCGUUCUAAAAAUCAUUAGAUCUCCAGAAUUUUCAGAUCUAAAAAAUCUAUGACGUGGCAAACAAUCAUUGUUCAUGUUAAACUUUAAUACAAAUCUACAUUGCUCAUAUUAACUGAACACUUAACUGGCCUAUAGUUCAAAGUUAUUGCUCAUAUUAAACAAGUUUGAAGUGAUGUGAAGUUAAGCGUAUCAUUCAGGCUAACAGAGUUAUGACGUGGCAAAAUCUGCAAGUUUUUGGAAGAUGUGACCUCUCAAAAUUUCGAAACACAGGUGUCCAAAGUGUUUUCCUAACACAGCUGCAGGGCAAAAAAAAUGAGGAGACACGAUGUUUUUGCCACAUUUCUAUUCAUUUUGGUUUAUCCUUCUUCUAUUUUUUACGAAAAAAAUAUUUUUAGGAUCAAUUUGCCCAAAGGUUUCGAAAUGGAACGAGAGAAGGUUGGUGAAUAUUUUGGGGUCUAGAAUCAUUUUUGGACCCUGAUUAAUCUUUCUCAUUUCUAGGAUGGUGCUAAUCCAGAAGUUAGAGCUGGCCCUAAUCCAGAAGCUCAACAAAAUUUGGAGCAACUUCAGGAUCAACCAAAUCCAAGAUUCAAUGAACAACUACCAGCUGCAAGUUCAGAUGGAUUCAGCGUCCGAUGUCCCGAAGAAAAUCAAAUUCAACGUGAAUUAUGGCAAAUAAUUCGUGAAGAUAUUAUUGAAAUCGAGCGGGCUCGACUACAAAACCAUCCAGCUCAACACCAUCCUCCCACGUAUCUCAUUGAUAUUUUCCAAAGCCGAAAUCCUGCCCCGGGUGAUCCAACUCACGGGUUUGAUUGGCGAAUUCGAACUCAAAAACUAUGA